AUGAAAGAACAAGCUGAUAAGGAGAAAAAAGAUGAGAGAAUAGCAGAAGAAAGUGAAUUGGAGAUGCAAGAAUCUCCUAAUGAUGAAGAUGAGAACGCCGAUGGAAAAACUCCUGAAAAGUUAGUUAUCAUGCAAGCAAAAGAAGUAGGAACACGGCAGUUGCGUUCUGGCAUCAAAAUAAUCAAAGACAGAAAAGACAGAAAGCCUGCAAAGAAACCAGAUUACGCAUACCCCAAAACACAUAAGAAAGGCCGAAAAAGAGCAAGCCAAAGCGAAGAUGAAGCAGCCAACAAAAAAAAGGAGGACAAAGAUACAUACCUUCAGUUGCACAUGUAUGAGGUCUACAACAGGCUGGAUGAAAUAUCAAAGAAGAAGUUGGAAAAUUACUGGAAAUCUGCAUCUGAUUCUGAUGAGGACGCUUUUUACCUACAAAAUAGGACAAUAUUGUACAAACAUAACAUUGAAAAGCUGAUGGGAGAUGGUCCAAUUUCUGCACUAAUCAUCGAUGCUUAUGGAGAGGCACUUAAUGAUGAUGCGAAGCAGAACCCUCAGAAACAGAAAAAUGCAUAUUUGUCCGCCAAUAACUAUAUGUUUUUGCGAGGUGCCUCACACAAGCUGACAUAUCAUGCUUUCUAUAUGCCACUCCUAGAAAAUAUUGGAAGAGUUGAUAGAGUGUUCAUACCAAUUACAGAUGAGAACCACCAUACGCUGCUUGUCUUUGACACCGGUGCAGCAAAAUGGACACACUUCAACUCAUUCAGGGGGACAUCAGAACAAACUCUCCAAUAUUAUCACAAGAAGGCAAUUGUUUUGGUAAGUAAGACUGGUGAUUAA